GGCACGGCGCAGCCUCGCGCUUUUUUAUUUAGGUUGGUCAUUAAAAUUGCUUAUAACCAUAGAAACGAGGAAAACCCAUCCCUUAAAUUCCGGAUUUUUAGCGUGAUAUUCCUGUACUGACAUCAUGUGAAUUAUAUACACCAUGGCUUAAAAAAAACCCCAAAGCCUACAGGAGGGCUAAGAAAACUUUGAUGAUGACUCUGGAAGGUUGACUCCUGUGUGAUGAUGAUCCUGCUUAAAACAAACCAUCCAGCCAAGAAUUUCAACAGUUCAAUAAAAACACUUCAUUUGAAGAAUAAUUACUUCUUUGAGUAACGCUUCUACAUCUUUACCUCUGCAUAGUGUAAAAGUGCCUCUACCUGAGUUGCAUUAGAAGAAAAUCGUGUGUGGCCAGGAGAACAGGACUUAGGAAGCAGUUGGUUUGAAAUAUAAUCCUGCAUCAAUUGCUACCUAGAAAAUGUCUUAUGGAUCCAUUGAUGGGAGUGGAUUUGGGAGCAGGAAUCCAUUUGGAGGCCCUUCGAGACAAGGCUAUCAGCCUCUUGCAACCCAGAUUGAUCCGAGCGAACUACAGGAACUUUUUCAGGAAACUUCAGCCAAUGUCUUCCGAAUUAACUCCAAUGUGACCUCUCUGGAAAGAAGCCUUCGAUCUCUGGGAACCUCAAAUGAUACUCAAGAGCUUCAGGAUGGACUGCAUGCAACCCAGCAGGAGACUAAUAAAACCAUCACGACUAGCACCAAAGCCAUCAAGCAGCUGUCUGAGGUUGUCAGAGGCUCAUCCAGGCAAGAACGACUUCAGCUGGACAGGCUGAAGAAUCAACUGUCUGAUGCCAUCCAGCGAUAUGGAGCUGUGCAGAAGAAAAUAGCAGAGAAAUCCAAAGCUUUGCUUCCUACUGGGCAGAGAAGUAUCAAACAGCAGAGCCCUAAGACCCCCUUCUCUGACCUACCUGAUGAUGAGAAGAUCUUCAACGGAGGAGAUAGUGCGUGGCAGAACCAAAACCAGGAUCAAGCGUUGCUCUCGGAAAUCACAGAAGAGGAUCUGGAGGCCAUCCGUCAGCGGGAAGAGGCCAUUCAGCAGAUUGAGAGUGACAUGUUGGAUGUGAACCAGAUCAUUAAAGACUUGGCCUCCAUGGUGCAUGAGCAAGGCGACACAAUAGAUAGUAUUGAAGCCAACAUUGAGUCUGCAUCUUCUAAUGUAGAGUCAGCCAAUGAGCAGUUGGCAAAAGCCAGUCAACACCAACUACGAGCUAGGAAGAUGAAGUGCUACCUUCUCUCUGUCGCGUUAGCUGUUCUGCUGUUCAUUGUCAUAAUCAUCGCGGUCUCUGUCAAGCACUGAUCUGGCUACGGUUUCCACAGAACCUGUGAUCACCCUGUGAAGAGGAAUGGACUUGAAGUAUUUCAAGUUCAGUCCCUACAUCGAUGUUUGCUUUAUUGGUCACAUUGUAUUAAAAAUGCUAUAGCCAACGAAGAGUAAUUGUGUGAAAGAAGAGCUAAGGUUUUUUUAAUACAUGUUAGUAUAACUGUGAAUAUUUCUUUGUUUCUUGUCUUUUUUUUUUUUUUUCCCCUUCAUUACAGACAUGUUUUAUCUUAUGUUACAAAUUUUAAUUAUGCCCCCUGUGUACCUGGGGAAUUCUAUUUCUUUGUCUCUAGGUUUGGUAUAAGGAGUGUUGUAAGAUACGUAGUUGCUAAUCCUUCUUUAUUGUUCAUUUUUUUUUAACAUAUUCCUGAUCUCCGGCUUUGUUUCUUUAAAACCAUGAAACUCAAUAUGUUUUGUUUGAUUUUUUUGUUGCUGUUGCUUUUGUACAUUUUAAAAAUAACCUAGCUCGGAUCCUCAUACUGUGCACUGUUGCUUUAGAAUUUGCUCUGCCAGAUCUGAGCUAAGCAAUUUCACAAUAAUAUGUGCCAUUUACAAACACAUCAAUUAAAUGCUUAUUUGAUCCUAUUGUAUGCAUAGACCAUGACAUUUAUUUAUGAAAAAUACUAGUGAAAGAGCAGGAUAAACAAAUUUUAAGACAUAUUGUUACAAUUUUUUUUUUAAAGUAAAAGACAUUUAAUCUGUUAAAAAAAUCAAACAAGGCAUCUCAUGAAAAAUGUCAUAUUUUGCAUUAGAUUUCAUUUCAUAGGUUUUAACACAACCGGUAUUUGGGAUUUUGUUCCAUUUACUUCCACAGUAUUUUCUGCUGAAAACAUGAUUGAAAAUAGCAUUUAAAUUCCACUUUAAAUGCGUCAUACGAUAUAAAGGCACUUUUCCUCUAAUAAAUAAAGCAUUUAAAAAUGGUUUUAAUUAAAAUGUCAUAGGAAGUAUUGAAGAGAAUUUCACAAAAUAUAUAUAUUUUUUGUUCUUCAUGAAAAGUUACAUCUUUGGACAAAAAUGUUUCUCAUGACAAAAAAUUCAUAUAGCUCUGUCUGUUAUGUAUUUUUGGUUGCCAUGAAGAUUUUGAAAAGAAUAACAAAUAUUAAACUCAAUUUUCACCUGCACUGAUUUCUAUUACAUGCUUCCUUUACGAAAAGCUGACACAGUCUUUCCUCAGUAAAGGUUGAGCACAAAAAAUGCUCAGACAAAUCUUGCAGAUUCUUACCCUCAUUCAGGGUCAAAACCGUAAAACUUCUUAAAUCAAUGCUGUUAGUUUUGGUCAAUAGACAAAGUCAUAUUUUCUGCUGUUAGAUUUAGCCUACAAAAUCUACCUAACUGGAUUAUUUUAUAUAAUAUUAAGUAGAGAAAAGUUGCUAUUAAGAGAAGCUAAUUAAUAGAAGAUUUUUUUUUUCCAGUCAGGCUUAGCACUGGUAUGAAGUUAGAAAUGAUGAUACCUACUGCUUUUCCUUCCUUCAUAGUUUACUCCUGAAAUAGAGCUACCGGCUCACCACAUCCACUGCAAAACGCUGUCUGCCUCUAUCAGUAAAUCUGGCAAAUCCUACAGUGAUAAAAAUGAUUUGCAUCUACUUAGUAAGAGCUGAAACAAACCCAGCUUGUAGCUGAUUGCAAGCAAAUAUUUUGAGAGUCUUGAGUUGCAUCUGAACGAGGCAUCCAGAACAAACAAUCCUUACCCGUUCGCUAAUCCCAUUCAUUAGAAGCUCAAUGAUUACCUCAUUAGUACGAUGCAGUGCAGAGAGAAACUGAGCUUUCAGUGAGCCAGUUUACACAGCAGAUGUAUUUGGCACCAGGUGAAGUGUUUCUCUACUGAAACUAUAGCAUCUACCUGGCUUAGAGUAAGCAUGAAAUCUCCAAGUAGCAGCAUGGACAUAUUCCUCCCUGAUGUGUAUAAUGGC